AUGGGUUUGGGAUAUAAAGGUCCUACAUAUCAUGUUUUGCGAACCAACUUGUUAGAGGAGUCAAAGAAAGAAUUGCAAUUGCUUGUUGACACUUAUCGCAGUAGUUGGGAAGAUUGUGGAUGCACAAUAAUGGCCGAUGGUUGGAAGGAUAUUCGCCAAAGGUCUUUAAUUAAUUUUCUUGUGUAUUCCCCAAAAGGAACAUCUUUUAUUAAAUCUGUUGAUGCCUCAGACAUGAUUUCGGAUGCUUCAACCCUUUGUAAUUUAUUUACAGAGAUUGUGGAGAUUGUUGGGUGGAAAAAUGUGGUUCAUGUUGUGACAGAUAAUGCCGCCAAUUAUAAAGCUGCGGGAAGAUUGCUUAAUGACAAAUAUCCCAGUAUCUUGUGGACACCAUGUGUUGCUCAUUGUUUGAAUUUGAUGCUCAAAGAUAUUGCUAAGAUUCCUCACAUAGAGACUUUAGCGCAUCGUGCCUCCUUAAUUACUGUUUUUGUGUACAACCACAAGUGGACUUUGAGUUGGCUAAGAAAUAUAAAAGGUUGGACAGAGAUUCUUCUACCUGGUGAUACUCGAUUUGCAACAACUUUCAUUGCCUUGAAGAGUCUUUACGAUCACAAGUCUGACUUGCAAGCUAUGAUUACUUCUGGAGACUUUCUUGGUUGGAAUGGGUCUAAGACAAAGAAAGCAAAAGAUGUUUGCAAUAUUGUCUUGGAUAAUCAAUUUUGGAAUGAUUGCUUGGUAGUAGUCAAAAUAGCCUCUCCACUUGUGCGAUUAUUACGCAUUGUUGAUUCCGAUGAAAGACCUUCUUUGGGUUAUAUUUAUGAAGGAAUGAUUAGAGCAAACAAAACUAUAAAGGAGACAUUCAAAUAUGUAAGGAGAUUGUACCAACCUUAUAUCUCAAUUUUGGAGGAAAGAUGGGAGCGUCAAAUGCAUCAAGAUAUUCAUGCGGCCGCAUUUUGGUUGAAUCCAACAUUUCAGUAUGAUAAAGACACGGUUCAAGUUUGCCAUUCACCGGAUGUUAUGGAUGGGUUUAUAACUAUAAUUAGCAACCCUAAUAUUGCUCCGAACCAUAACAAAAUGAUAGUUGAAUCUUCUACUUUUCGAGAGCGAUUGGGUAGCUUUGGAAAUACCUUGACCCAAUCUUCUAGCAAAAAUACAAGGCCAGACGAAUGGUGGAGGUUCUUUGGGCAUAGUGCUCCUAAUAUACAAAAGCUAGCUCUAAGAAUUCUUAGUCAAACAUCUUCUUCCUCGGGUUGUGAAAGAAAUUGGAGUGCAUUCGAGAGGAUACACACAAAACGGAGAAAUAGGUUGGAGCAUCAAAGGUUAAAUGAUCUUGUCUAUAUACACUACAAUCUUUGUUUGAAGAAUAGGAACUUCAACAAAAGCAACAAUCUAGAUCCGAUAGAUUACGAGUGUAUUGACAAAAUUGACACUUGGGUUGUUGAGAAUGAGCCUCCAAGGGAACCCGAACUUAAUCUUGAGGAUUUGGAAAAUAUAAUUGCUCAAGUAGAAGGAGAAGGACAAGAACAAAGAGAAGGAGGGCAAACUGAAUUUGUCCAUAAUAUUCAUGAUUCAACAAAUUAUGAUGAUGAUGAUGAUGUUGUGGCGGUUCAAGAGGAGGAUGUUUUGAUUGCUCAAGAUGGAAUUAAUUUCUCAUCCUUUGAUGUCAACCAAGGCAAUGAAGAAGAUGGAAUUCAUGGAAAUGAUGAUAAUUAA